AACAAAGGAACAUGGGAUACAAAAAGAGGCAAAAGACAGUCCUUGCUCUCCAGUAGCUUGCUAUCUAAUGGAAGAGACAACAAACAAAGGAACAUAUAUACACAGCAUGAUAAAUAGGAAAUAAUUAACAGAGGGAAGACCCUGGAAUUAAGAGGGUGUGGGCAAAGACUUCCUGUAGAAGGUAGGAUUUUAGUUGGGAUUUAAAGGAAACCAGGGGCAUCCCAGUAGUAGGAAUGGACAAAGAAGAGCAUUCCAGGCUUAGGGGACAGCCAGAGAGAAUGCCUGGGGCUAAGAGAUGGAAUGUUUUGUUUGUGGAACAGAAAUUCUAAAUUUAAAAUUACAGGGUAGUGAAAAUAAAUACAUUUUUUUUCCCACCAAAGUCUAACAACUCCCUGAAAUUUAUUCAUGGACACAGAGGUCCCAAUUUAAGAACCAUGGCUCUAAAGGAGCAUCUCUCCCAGCUCUAAACCUGAACUCCAGUGAAUAAAUGAAUAUAAUCUAUCUGGGAUAUUUCUGUGCUCAGGCCUAUUGUUUUGGGCCCUUUCCUUUUCUUGAAGGCCUCCUCUAGCAUCCUUUCCUGUUCAUAGGAAGUUUUCUUUCAGUUUAAAGCAAAGCUAAAAUGAAGUACCUCACCCUUGGUCCUGUGCAGCCCACGCAGAGUUAGAGCAGGGAAGGUAUGAGUGUUGGAGCUGCCAAACCCUUCCCUUCUCCCCAAUUGGGAAAAAGAGGCAGAAAACUCUGAGCAAUUGGAAAACAAACAAGCAGCACCGGAAAUGUCUUUUUCUAUUGCACCUUGAGGCAUUCCGGAACCUCCUCCCAGUGAGAAUUCCCAUCUCUGGGGGCCACUAUUCAGGAAACAUUUCCAGGUGGCAGACAAUGUGCGCAGGCUAAGAGCUGUAGUGGCUCCUGCAGCUCAGGGUUCACCGGGGAAUGAGCAGCUGUGCAAACUUCCAGCCACAUGUGUCUGAACCUCAUACCAGUGAGUGGCAGCUCUUCCCUGAGCUAGAGUGAGCAGACCUUUGAUUAUAAGUGUUGAAAAGACCAGUUUUGCUUUCCAUUUCCAGGAUUCUCCUCUGCCUCAGUAGGAAUGUUCUUAACCCAACUGACCCAAUCUCCUCCAUUUAGCUUCUCCUCCUUUCUCAUAAGGAGCUUCCACAAGUUAGGGCUCUUCUGUACAUACCUAGAUAGAGGCACAGGUACAGGGAUAAUUCAUUGUAUGACUAUACUUAGCUCCUUCUUAAAUUCUACUAAGGUGUCUCUGCUCUUAUUUUCUGUCUAGCAUUGUCAUUGUCUGGUGACUGACUUUAGGGGCUUGCUCUGAGGCAGAUAAAAAGUGGGUAUCUGGCCUGGGUAUCAGGAGUCAAGCUGGGGGCAGCUAGACUGUUCAGUGGAUAGAGAGCCAGGCCUAGAGAUUGGAGGUCUUGGGUUCACAUUUGACCUCUGACAUUUCCUAUAUGACCCUGAACAAAUCCCCAGUUGCUUAGCCCUUACCACUCUUCUUCUGCCUUAGAGCCAAUGUUUAUUCUAAGAUGGAAAAUAAGGGGUUUUUGUGUUUGUUUUUUAAGCUGUGAAGAUAUGAUGAUGAUGGUUACUUCCAGGGAAGAGGUCCCUUCUUACUUUGCUUUUUUUCUCUCUGAACAUCCUAGUCUUGGUCUUGGUCUUCCUGAUUUGCUAAUGGGUCCAGAAACCCAUACUUAGACAAAAGAAGCUAGGGAGUGCAAAGACUAGAAUAUUUGACCUUGGCAGGAACAUUCAAAUUCAAAUCUGGCCUCCAACACUAAUCUCUAUAAUCCUGGGCAAGUCACAUAGGACUCUGCCUUCCAUUUUUUAUCUAUAAGAUUUUAUACCUACUUUCCAGGGUUUUGAGGAUCAAAUGAAAUAAUGUUUGUAAGUGACAUUAAAUUCUAGGUAUUAUAAUAUAUAUGACAGGUGUUAGGGCUGCCCAAAGAUGAUCUCUCAUAAUUUGUCAUAAAAAUUCCUUUUUCACUCUCUUUCUGUUUUUUUUUUCUUUUAAUCUAUGUUUUCCUUUUCCCUUUUAUCCCCCUUCUCUUUCUUUCCCUCUCUUUUCUGCCUAUCUCCGUUCCCUCCUUUACUUUUUUCUCUCUUCUUUCUCCCUCUGUUUCUCUCUUUCCUUCUUUCUGUUUUUUUUCUGUCUCCUCUCAAGAGCACAAGGAUGCACUUCCCUGGCAGCCUAUUUGAUCAGCAGAAAAUCUCUUCCCAGUGAAAAAAAGAAGCUGGCCCUGUGCCAGUCCUCCAGCCAGCUCGAGGUCAAUCGACCUCUAGCUCUGGUCCUCCCUCUGCUGGAGCACACCCCCGGCCAAAUCUCCCCGGGCAGCCUGUCUGGCUCCGAGCUCAGUGAGGUCGCCAGACCCUAUUCCCGCUAUGACCUGGACGAGAUUGAUGCUUACUGGCUGGAGCUUGUCAACUCGGAGCUGAAGGAGAUGGAAAAGCCAGAGCUGGACGAGAUGACCAUGGAGAGGGUGCUGGAGGAGCUGGAGACUCUGUGCCACCAGAACAUGAACAUGGCCAUCGAGACCGAGGAAGGACUGGGCAUCGAGUACGAUGAGGAUGUGGUGUGUGACGUGUGCCGCUCACCAGAGGGCGAGGAUGGCAACGAGAUGGUGUUCUGUGACAAGUGCAAUGUGUGUGUUCAUCAGGCCUGCUAUGGAAUCCUCAAAGUCCCCACGGGAAGCUGGCUAUGCCGAACCUGUGCCCUGGGUGUCCAGCCCAGAUGUCUGCUCUGCCCCAAAAGGGGAGGAGCCCUGAAACCGACACGAAGUGGGACCAAGUGGGUGCAUGUCAGCUGUGCCUUGUGGAUACCUGAGGUCAGCAUUGGAUGCCCAGAGAAGAUGGAACCAAUUACCAAGAUCUCGCACAUCCCUGCAAGCCGAUGGGCCCUAUCCUGUAGCCUGUGCCGGGAGUGUACGGGGACGUGUAUUCAGUGCUCCAUGCCAUCCUGCAUUACGGCAUUCCAUGUUACCUGCGCCUUUGACCACAGCCUGGAAAUGAGGACUAUAUUAGCCGACAACGAUGAAGUGAAAUUCAAGUCUUUCUGCCUAGAGCACAGCAGCGGGGCUCCGAAGCCCCCGGAGGAGGCCCGGGGCUUACGGGGAGAGGCAGGUUCAGGGUCCGAGUCCAGCCAGGCUGCUUUGGACUUGGAAAAGGUGACCUUGAGGAAACAGAAGCUACAGCAGAUGGAAGAGGCCUUCUAUGAGCUCGUGAAGCCUGAAGAGGUGGCGGAGAACCUGGACCUUUCCGAGACCCUCGUGGAUUUUGUCUACCAAUAUUGGAAGCUCAAGAGGAAAUCCAACUGCAACAAGCCCCUCUUGACCCCCAAAACCGAUGAGGUGGACAAUUUAGCACAGCAGGAACAAGACAUCUUAUACCGGAGGCUCAAGCUCUUCACACACCUUCGGCAGGACCUGGAGCGAGUUAGAAAUCUGUGCUACAUGGUGACGAGACGAGAGAAAAUGAAGCACUCCAUCUGCAAGCUUCAGGAACAAAUAUUCCACCUUCAGAUGAAACUUAUUGAAAAGGAUCUUUAUCGAGAACAACCUGGAAAGAGAAGCAAGGGGAAGAAGAAUGACUCCAAGUGGAAAGGAAGGGAUAGCAGGAAAGCCAGCCCUGAAAAGAAAGAGAAAAUGAAGCCAGGCAAUGAGUUGGUCCUGGGGCAGCUUGGUUUGUCCACCUCUUUCCCCAUCGAUGGAACCUUCUUCAACAGCUGGUUGGCACAGUCGGUGCAGAUCACUACAGAGAACAUGGCCAUGAGCGAGUGGUCCCUGAACAACGGGCACCACGAGGACAACACGUCUGAGCUCCUCUCUGAGGAGCUGCUCCAGGAUGAAGAGACCCUCCUGAGCAUCAUGAUGGACCAUUCCCUAAAGUCUCCCUUCAAACACAGCGACGCCACCAAGAAGGCCCAGGGCAAAGCCAGGCCAUCAAAUAAAAAGAAGAACCCCCGGGACAGCCUUGGUUCCCUGCUCUCAGACCACCCGGAGGACUCUGGCCAGCAAACCACCCCACCAGACCAUACCCCAAACCACGACUUGGGGAAUGGCAAAGCCCCUCGUGGGGCAACCAGGAUACCUGCAGAUCGCAAAGGAGCCAGUGGGGAGGUCCGGAAGACUCCAAAAAGGGGAUCUUCUCAGCACUCUCCCAGCCCCAAAGCCCAUGACUCCACCGUCCUGGCGGGCUCGAGGAGCUCCCCCAACAAGGAUGACAAGGAGACUGUAGACACAACUCCGCUUGAGACUAACACCCCGAUUCAAGUGCCUGGCUCAUUGGGGAGUCCAAAAACAGUAGUGAGGUUCAGAUUGCCAAAGGAGGGCAAAGAGACUAGGAAGCUGCUGAAUCCAAAGCCCGAGGCAAUGAACAGACCUCCGGUCGGGGAGAGGCCAAAGGUCACCUUGCACUUUGACAAUGAGACCGAUGGCUACUUCUCUGAUGCAGAAAUGAGCGACUCUGAUUCAGAGCCAGGGAGUGGCAGGGUUCAGCUAAGCCAGAAGGAUUCAGGAAACGAGGAGGUAGUCAGAAUGAGCGUUUUGGCAUCCUAACUCAACCAGAUAACCAACUGUGACAGUUCUUAAGAGGCCUAAACCCAGUUACAACUGCCAUUUUCGAUUUCUGCCUGGUAUCAUGAUACAAAGGGGUUCCAUUCUUGGGGGUGGGGUGGGAGUUUUCAUUUGUUUUAUAUAUAUAGUUUAAAAUUGAGCACCGUUGUCUUUCUCUCCUCUGUAUGCUGGACAUAGGACAUAAACUUCCACUCCCAUGGCCUGGGUGACAAGAAUUGUCCCUUUUGAUAAUUUAACUUGCAUAUCCCGAUGAAGCAAAAUGCCAAACAUGGGCAUUCAGGGACUGGGGGUUCUGGCCCCAACUGGGGUCACCCAAGGCAUCAAUAACGAGGUCUGAAAUUGCCAGUACCCAUUGUUUCUGCAGGGAUGACAGUCUUAUGGGCAUUAUUUCAAGGCAAAGACAAGUAAACUCAUUUCCUGCUUUGCCCAGGGUUCAGUAUCCAGUCCUAAGGCUGGGUCAGGAGUCAGGUUCCAGGGGUAUAGCUGAACCCCUCUCCACAACAAGGCAACGCCCCCCAACACCCAAGGAAGUAGAAUAAGCGAAACCUAAUCUAGAACUAACUUUUCUAAAGCACAAAGAGCUUAUUUGAAGAAAGCACUUAAGGGUGGGGGAGAACACUCCUUUAACAGAAGCCUUGUCAGUUUGUUCCUCUCACCUUUUCCAGUUCAGUCUGCUUCCAUCCGAAGGCUGAGGGCCAGCCCUUUGGCCAGCCACCCCUUUCCUCCCAGAGCACUGUGCCUGAGUGGCCAUAGGAAUUGACCCGAGGGGGAAAAAUAUCCCACAGGCAGGGCUCCCAGCCCUUGACUUCAAGAGACAUUUACUCAGGUGAAUCCAUUAGCCAAAUGGGACCAGGGAAGGGGCUAGGGGAAAAGGUCGAGGCAUUCACUUUGCAAAACAGGAAAAGAAUAAACAUUUAAAACUUGAAUGUGUUGACUGUAAAAGCAAAGUCUCCUUCCUGGAACAGGUGACAGCUAAAGCCUCCUUGUAGUCCCUAUCCUGCACGUUGGAAAGCAAAUCAGAUCGUUGGCCUUUUAGCAGUUUUCAAUCUUACUAAGACUACGAGUUUCUUCCUUCAGUUUCUUUUGGAAAAACACUCCUACCUACAAGCCUGUGAACUCCUUGGGGAAAUAGAAAGGGGAGGGUUGAUUCAUUGAAGUCAGUAUUCUAAAAACCUACAAGAUUUUCAUGCAUAGAAAUGCCCCUUCUAAGCCUUAAAAGUUUUUUAAAAACCCAUGAUGAUACCUAUGAGUCAGGCGAGUUUCUGUGUUUGCACUUAACCCACCCCAUCCUUUCAGUUCUGGCUUCCAAGGUCACAGUUGAUUUGCGCUAAUGUAUUUGGUUGGAGUGACCCCAGGGUGAUUGACAGCUCAGGGAACAAAAACAACAACAAAAUUCAGUGAAACUUUUUUUUUAAGUUUUUAUUUUUAAGAAUUACACCUGGGACACUUCUUCUACUGGCAAAACCAGAACUUUUCAAACAAGAACCUUGCAAAUGUCAAAUGAAUCAGUUGAAUAAUUUUGUGGAUGCCAAAGAAUCUUUUGACAAUAACACAGCAGCACAGCCUGGACCCAGAAAUUGGUCACUUGGAUUUUUUUUUAAAGAAAUGGAGCUAUUUGGCAACAAAGGAGUUAGAAAUAUGUUCAUAGCAUGUAACCAAGGCAUCAGAAUCCAAGCUUUCUGCAGAGGAUGCUUUUUCCGUUUCCUUUCCUUUCCUUUUUUUUCCUUUUUUUUGCCACUGGAAUGGUACAGACCCUGGUGUUUUGAUUUCUGAUGCUUGGCAUAGUGUCCAUUCAGAACUUUCUCAGACUCACAGGUUGGGGAGAAACUGACAAUGAGACCAUCAAGGAAAAGUCCUGGUUACCAAUCGCGUGGUUCACCCACAAACCAGGAGAGUGAUGAUCGAUUGGAAACAUGGUUAAAUCCUGACUCUCGCAACAAACCUGCUGCCAGGUGUGCAUUGAGUGCACAUUUGGUGGCCUUUCAGUAAAUUUCAUAUGGGUCUUUAAAGCCAAAACAAAAAGUCAACGAUGAAAAAUUUUGGUGUGCAAAUCAGUCUCCAACUUCUGUGGAAUCUAGGAGAGAGAAUUAAUGGAUUCAGAAGGUUCAGUGUGUUCUGAUAAUGUUAAACACAGUACUAAGAUUUAGUUUUAUCUUCAACAGGCUUGGUAGGCAUUAGUACAGUAUUCUAGUAUAAAGAGUCAAAACAAUAAUCAAUCUGCUGCCUUUUAAUGGACCUUGCUUCCGUGUACUUCAGUUCAGCUAUGGUUAGCAAACCGUCUCACACAAAUCCCUGUAGACAGCUUCAUUGGCCUGCAGCCUCAUCUCUUGCCUGAUCCAUACCGGACACUCAAAAGGGACAGACUUAAAGAACAACCAAAAUUAGCUGCUAGGCAGCUUGGGGUUUUGUGGGAGAGGGGAUGGGUAUGUCCUAGAUCUUGUAAGAUAUUGUAUAUGUGCUCUGGGGAGCUAGAGGAUGCUUCCCUGCUCAGGGGCUGGGGUCACAUUUCUCUCCUAAGAGGAGCUGGAAGUCUCGGCUAUUGUCAACCCAACAACUCGAUGGACAGAGGAGUAUUGAGAGGUGGGGAGGAGGUAGAGGCCAAAUCAUCGGAUUGGUACCACGCCUUAAAGCGGUGGCAAGAUCUCCCUCCCUAAGGUACUAGAGACACACCCAGUGGUUUGCUCACGCUCCAAAUGGCCUGGGCCAUUUGGAACUACCUUUCCCCAGUCAAACUCACAUAGGAGGAAAAAGGAAGAGCAACCGGGAUGAGGCCUUGUUCUAAGAAUCCAAUCUGAGCUGUUUUGCCUUGUUUAAUUUAAUGAGGUUAUCAGAUGAGAGAAAACAUUUAGGCAAUUGAGUAACACAAAUGAGAAGAGGGGGAUAUAAGUCCUCUGGAAUCUCCCUCGGUUUCUAUUUCUAGCCCAGAGCUGGUUUCUUGACCCUGAGAAAGGGGGCUCAAUUUCUCUGGCUCUCUCUUAUGACUGCUAUUCUGCUGAACAUUGUUUUCUCUUGGUCUUCUUUUCAUCGUGAUAAGGGGAUUCUCACCAAAAGAGAUCUCCUCUCAUACCUAAGCUGAAUCCAGGAAUGGCAUUGAGGGUACUAGGGGAAAAGGGGCAAGUGGUUCUACCUGAAUUUUAACCAAAAGGCCCCAAUACCCCAUCACUCACAAGUUUGUAGUUCCCAUGCUCUUAGAGUCCCUACCAGAAACUGAAAUGGAUUUAUUACAGGCCCUUCCCUUCAGUGAUUCACAUUAGCCAGGGUGGGAUGCUGGUACUCCUACUGUCCCUCCUUCCCCUUUUCCCCCAUCUUUCCCAUCCCCCCCCCUCCCCCAGGGAAGCUGCUCCUUUCUAACACUCCAGAGACUUAAGACUGGUACCUCCUCCCCACAUUCUCCUCUAUAUCCCUCCCAAGGGAGGAAAACGUGAAAGUAUUUUUUGUACUAUAAAUGUAUUUUGGGAUGAACUAAAAAAGAAAGGUUUGAAUGGUUUAUUUUAUUAAAUGAGCUUUGACUUUCAGAUACUGUAUGAACUGCAAGAGUUAAUGUUUGCACUAUAAAGGACUUUGUAUCCUUUAAGAAGCCACACCAGGAUUCAAGAGGGAAGAGUGAGGAGAGGUGGCAAAGGUGGGUUUUACAUGUGUGUGAAGACCUGGUGAGUCGGAGGGGCCAGGGGAAUGUUCGCUUCACUUUGUGUGAAAAUUAAGCUUCUGAGGCCCCCUCCCACCCCACUUCUGCCAUAAUGAGUUUCUUUCAAGCUUUUAGUGUGGCCUAGACUAGGGUUCUACAGAAUGGAUGGCUGGGUAUCUGUCUGUCUAGGGGGGCAGUUUGCAACUGUGAGAAGGAAUUCUGGCAGUGAUUUGGAUUCCCCCAUCCCUUCUAGCACAAGGAAGAAUGAGCCAUUUGGUCCUAACUGAGCUGCUACCAAGGGUUGGAUCUGGGGAACCAGUGAGUCAGGGUUCUGGGGAGUGCCCUCAGGACCUGCUCAGCAAAUCGGCCUUGGCCUUAGCUGGGAAGCCCCAGGAGCUUGUGUUCUGUCACCAGAACAGUGUCACCUUUGGUUGUUCUUUAAGGAAAUUCCCACCAACUUUAUUCCAUUUAACACAUAAAGAAAUUCCGCUCCACAUCAGUGAUGGGAAAUGAUAUGAAUGUCACAGGAGGAGAGCCUUCUGUUUUCUUUGUUUCAAAGAAAGUGAUGUGCCAUUUGUUAAUAUAAAAGAGAAAUAUUGAAAAUAUAUUGAAAAGAGCAAUUUUAAAUUAUUUUUGGCUUAUGUUGCAAUAUUUAUUUUCUUGUAUUAGAAAGAUUCCUUUGUAGAGAAAAAAUGUAUUUUUCAUUAAUGCAAAGACCUAUUUCUCCUUUUUGUACAUUUUCCAUGUUAGGCGAUCCUUAAAGCAAUAGAAUGUACCCAAUUCGUUCUGUGUGGCCAUGUAAUGCAUGCUGUUUGUGUUGCCUUGUGAUAGCGCUGUCUACCAGCAUCGCCAUCAUGUUCAAAUUCCGUGUAUGCUUUAAAUACACAUGGGGACCACGGCCCAUAGCUUAUGGAAAACCUUCGCAUUCCUCAGUGUGUUGGCAAAUGCAGUCAAUAAAGCAAUGUUUUCUGUGUA